UGGUCCCCCCCCCCCUCCUUCCCCCCGCAAGAGGACAAAACACGUGGCAGGCGCGUGUUUGAGUACUCCGUACACACGCCGCCUCAUUUGCUGGUGACACGUGUGCAGCCGGGGGCGAACCAGCAAGCCGACGAUACAGCUUGGCAAUUCUUUUCCGCAUUAUCCAUAUCUAUAUCUUCCUCUUUUUCGUUUUUUUUGUCCAUAUCCAUCUCAAUCUGAUAUUCUUUUAUUUUUUUUGUUGGGAAAAUCUGAUAUUCAAAUGGCCGCUGUCUGCGGAAGAGCCCUAGUGGCGGCAAAGGCGGCUCGUAGUAGUUUUGCGGUAGACUCGGAGAACUUUCGUUGUGUUUCUGGUUCCAGUUCCGGACGCGUGGGCAUCAGCGCGGCGGCGCGCAGCGGAGCUCUCAACACGUCGGCGCCCACUCAUCGACAAAGGAAGGCUGUGGUUUUGCCACGUGGCAGUCGGGAACACCGUCUUCUCCUCAGCUCUUCUUUCGUCGGCCAUUGUAAUCAUUUGCGCGUUGCUGACGUGGCGUCGCUCCCCUCGCUUCGCUGCCGUUGCCACGUGUCAGUCACCGCGAUGGGCUCAGGUUCAGAAGGAAAACAGGCCCUUUUAUCUCUUUCGGAUAAGACAGACCUGCUGCUGCUGGCAAAUGGACUAUCAGAGCUGGGUUAUUCGUUAAUCUCAACAGGUGGGACAGCUUCAGCUUUGGAGAAGGAAGGACUAGCUGUCCGGCGGGUUGAGCAUGUCACCAACUUUCCGGAAAUGCUUGAUGGGAGGGUGAAGACUCUGCACCCGGCUGUUCAUGGAGGCAUUCUUGCAAGAAGAGGCUUGUCGUCGCACAUGAGUGCCCUACAGGACCAUGGCAUUGGGACAAUUGAUCUUGUUGUCGUCAACUUAUAUCCAUUCUAUAGUACAGUCACUGCGAAGGAAGGGACGUCCUUCGCCCAAGGCAUUGAGAACAUCGAUAUCGGCGGACCGACAAUGAUUCGAGCUGCAGCAAAGAAUCAUGAAGAUGUCCUGGUUGUGGUUGACCCUGCUGACUAUGCCAGCUUGCUGGAUCGGCUGAGGGGAAACGACGGUGGUGUCGACAUUUCCUUCCGGCGAAAACUCGCAUGGAAGGCUUUUCAACACGUAGCGUCAUAUGAUGCUGCGGUAGCAGAAUGGCUCUGGCAACAAACAUCAGACGGCGAGCUCCCCCCGAGUAUGACGGUGCCGAUGACGCUGCAUUCGUCAUUGAGAUAUGGAGAGAACCCUCAUCAGAAGGCAGGCUUCUACGUCGACAAAUCCUUGACUGCAUUCACGGCGGGUGGAAUCGGCACAGCUGUUCAGCACCAUGGCAAGGAGAUGUCGUAUAACAACUAUCUGGAUGCAGAUGCUGCCUGGAAUUGUGUUUGCGAGUUCGUUGAACCGACUUGCGUCGUCGUCAAGCACACCAACCCAUGCGGCGUUGCGAGCAGCACGUCAGAUCUGCUAGAAGCCUAUCGAAUGGCUGUCAGAGCAGAUCCCGUCAGUGCGUUCGGGGGAAUUGUGGCCUUCAACGUCCCGGUUGAUGAGGAUCUGGCAAGGGAAUUGAGAGAGUUCCGAAGCCCAACGGACGGAGAGACGAGAAUGUUCUAUGAGAUUGUGGUGGCACCUUCGUACACGGAGAAAGGUUUGGAGGUACUCAAAGGCAAGAGCAAAGCGUUGCGUAUUCUGGAAGCACAGCCCACCACGAGAGGAAGGCGAUGCCUGCACCAGGUUGCAGGCGGUUGGCUUCAUCAGACUGAUGAUGAUUUGCGGCCAGAAGAUAUUACUUUCACAGUUGUUACAGAAAAAGCACCCACUGCUGAAGAGCUGGAAGAUGCGAAGUUCGCUUGGCGCUGUGUGAAACAUGUCAAGAGCAAUGCCAUCACAAUCGCAAAGGGAGGGAGAAUGCUUGGGAUGGGGAGUGGGCAGCCCAACCGGGUCAAGAGUGCAGUGAUAGCCAUUGAAAAGGCAGAAGACGAGAUCAAGGGCUCGGCGCUCGCCAGCGAUGCGUUCUUCCCAUUUGCCUGGGGCGACGCAGUGGAGAAGGCCUGUGAGGCAGGAGUGAGCGUCAUCGUCCAACCUGGGGGGAGCAUAAGAGACCAAGAUGCGAUUGAUUGCUGUAACAAAUAUGGCACUGCGAUGCUCUUCACGGGUGUUCGACAUUUCCGCCAUUAAUGCAAUUCUCAAUCUGCCUCUUUAUGUUCUUGGCCUUCGACCGCUGAUUAGAUCAUUACACAGAAUGGAGUGACGAGCCAAGGGGCGAGCAUGCUAAACUCCGAUUCUGGAAGGAUCGGCGUGGUGGGGGAAAUGUGGUGGCAGAGAAGACCUUCACGGGUGUCAUUGGUAGUGUUUCCAUCACCUGCACAUUUUAGGGGAUUAAUAUUUGUCGUAGAGUUUCUGUCACACCAAGGGGGUGGGGGGAGGGGAGGGGAGGAGGGGGGAGGAAGGGGGAUAAGUGUAGUGGAGAUGGCCAUCAACAGCAUAUGUGAGUGAAGAAGCGACGAAUCAAGUGGGGGUGAGCAUGAGCAUGCCAAUGGUCGUACUAUAUGGUUUCGAAUUGUCCCAGUUCCAUUGGAACUUGGCAGCGAGUCUGAACCAUGGGUGUAGGUAUCGAAACUGGGACAACGGAACUGGGACAAUUCGAAACUUGGCAGCGAGUCGGAACUGGGACAAUUCAAAUUGUCCCAGUUCCGUUUCCCCCAAUCAUAGAGAUUCUGUAUAGUUUCGCGGCCUGUUCGCUCCUACGAACGGUGGAAGCGGGGCCAGGGGAAAGGGGAGUUGAAGCGGAGAAGACCUGUCCGGCAGAGAGUGAGUGUCAUCCGUCGAUUUCCGUACACGAGUGAGUGUUAUCUGUUGAUUUCCGUACAGGAGUGAGUGUCAUCCGUCGAUUUCCGCACAGGAGUGAGUGUCAUCCAUCGAUUUCAGUACAGGAGUGAGCGUCAUCCGUCGAUUUCCGUACAAUUUCGAGAACU